UACUACGACUCUAUACAUUACACUGCCACACCUGAGGAUGCUGUAGCCCUUGCCUUAAAAGCAGGUUUGAACAUGAAUUGUGGGGAUUUUCUUAGCAAAUACACAGAAAAUGCAGUAAACUUGCAGAAAGUUGAUGAGUCGAUUGUAGAUCAGGCACUGUUAUACAACUACAUAGUACUAAUGAGACUAGGAUUCUUUGAUGGAGACCCAAAAAUGCUCCCAUUCGGAAAACUUGGCCCGUCCGAUGUAUGCACCGAUGAUCAUCAACUGUUGGCAGUUGAAGCAGCAAAACAAGGAAUAGUUUUGCUAGACAACAAUGGUGUCCUUCCUCUGUCUCCUAACAGUACAAAAAAUUUAGCCAUUAUUGGACCAAAUGGUAAUGCCACUGAAGCUAUGCUGAGCAUCUAUGCUGGCGUGCCUUGCCAAUACACCACCCCUUUACAAGGCUUGCAAAAGUAUGUCUCGACGGUCACAUAUGAGCCGGGGUGUGUCAGUGUUGGCUGCGCUGAUGGUAGCAGAAUUGAGGCGGCAGCUAAGGUGGCUGCGGCCGCUGAUGCGGUGGUGGUGGUGGUGGGGCUUGAUCAAUCAAUUGAGAGAGAGAGUUUGGAUAGGGUGAACUUGACAUUGCCUGGAUUUCAAGAGGAGCUUGUGAUGGAAGUGGCUAAUGCUACUAAUAAAUCUGUGGUGCUAGUUGUUAUGUCAGCUAGUCCAAUUGACAUUUCAUUUGCCAAGAACAAUAGCAACAUUGGGGCAAUUUUGUGGGUUGGCUAUCCUGGCCAAGCUGGAGGGGAUGCCAUAGCUCAAGUUUUAUUUGGAGACUACAAUCCAGGUUCUCUCUCUCUCUCUCUCUCUCUCUCUCACACCAUGCUUUUUUUUUUAUUCAAUGGUCCGAAGAGUGUUCAGAUCAACUUAUGUGCACCUCUACUAAUUCCUUUCCCAUUCUGA